AUGGUCAACCGCCUCCUCGACAGCACAGGAGAGCGUACCACAUACCGAGGUGCCCGCUCCGAUGGUCCCACUAUUGAGCCAUUCAGCAACCGGCUUUUCGACGUCGCCCCAGAAUCAGGCUUCAUUCCCUCCCAACCUCUCGCAAAGCUCAAAGGCGAGUUCGCGCUCUGGGAGAGGGCAUUGGCGGAUGCACCGCGUGUCUUGAAGCUCGGCGAAGACAAGGGCGACGAGGCACGGGCGAAGUUCAUGGAUGGAGAGCGUUGGCGCCAGCAGCUGCGAACGUGGCCGGUGCUCGAUGCUGCGCGGCUCGGUAACAAGCUUUGCGUCCUGAGGCGGGCCCACCUCGUCCUCACCAGCCUGCAACACUACUACAUCCACUCGCUCCCCCCUCAGCCAACGAACGCACCGAUUGUCAUUCCGAAGCCACUUUCCAUCCCCCUGCUCUACGUGUCCGAAAAGAUCGAUAUGCCGCCAAUCCUCACGUUCGCGGAUAUCGUCCUGUGGAACUGGGAGUUGGUCAACCCCGAUUUGCCGGUGUCCCUGAACAACAUGCGCUUCCUCACGGUCUUCUCGGGAACGGAGACCGAAAGGAACUUCUACGCCCUCUCGGUAGCCGCCGAGAUGAGGGGCGCCGAGAUGUUGCAGAUCUUCGAGCGGUUUAUGAACCUGCCCUGCCUCAACGAGCGAAGCGCCGUCGCUGCCGUCGCUCGGGACCUCGAACGUCUAGUCACCGUCGUCGACGAGAUAUCCGCGAUUCUGCAGGGAGCUCGCCAGAACAUCGAUCCUCAUACCUUCUACUGGGCUGUCCGCCCCUGGUGGAACGGCUCGAGUUCCGCCGCCCCCUGGGUCUUCGAGGGUGGUCCUCCUAACGCGUCCUACGACCUCGGGGGCGCGUCGGCCGGGCAGAGCUCGGUCAUGCACGCUCUCGAUAUCUUCCUCGACGUCGACCACGCGCUCAAGCAGACGAGGCAGCCGCCGCCGUCUGCGGAGAACCGCCGUGCGGAUACCGGGUUCAUGGAGAAGAUGCGCCGGUACAUGCCCGCGGAGCAUCGCGUCUACCUGGCGGAGCUUGCGAAGCGCCCCGUCCGCGAGGUCGUCUUGCGCACGCCCGCGCUCUGUGGGCCGUACAACGCGGCGGUGGACGCCCUGAAAAGAUUCCGGGACGGCCACAUCCGCAUCGGCACCCUCUACAUCAUCUCGCAGGCCAGGUCUACUCCUCCCGCAUAUAUGGGCGGCGCAGAGGCCUUCAAGAAGCCCACGAGCGAUCUUUCUUUGGGCACUGGGGGCAACCCUUUGGGUACGUUGUUGAAGGCCGGCCGCGAUGCGACGCAGCGUACCACCCUGCGGGACUGA